AUGCGUAGGCCCACAAUCCCCAUAUCCGCAUCACAGCUCCGUAAGCUCCUCCUCACUCGAUGUUUCUCCACGCUGCCAAAUUCUAUCUCCACUCAUCGACCACCGCUAGUGGCGGCGGCGGAGACCCCGCUCAACCGCUUGGAUUUCGUUUCCCCUCGUUCCUUCACCGGGACGCACUCUUUGUAUUUUUCUAUCAGGCAUUUCUCUUCGAACAUUGAUGACGGCGGCUCCAGCUCCGAUAAUGAAAAGCCACCACAGAUUGGAGAGGAAGAGAAAUCCAUAGCUGAAUUGUUCUCUAGCGAGCUCCAAAAGGACCAAGAUUGGGAGCCUCUCCCUUUGCCCAAAAGGCUCGACCUUUCCUUCUCUCAUAUCACUAUCAGCCCUACGUUGCUCCUAGCCACACUUAACAUUUCCCCUGAUGCGGGCCGUGCGGCCCUUGAUUUCCUUAAAUGGGUCAAAACCAGGGCCGGAUUUCAGCCUAGCGACGAGGUUUACUCCUAUUUCGUUAAUUAUUUUGGGAGGAGGAAAGAUUUCAAGGCGACCCAUGAAAUUCUUGUGGAUGGUCGCGGAGUGGCCGGGAUGAAAAGUCUUGAGGCUCUCGUUGACCGGUUGGUUCGGGCCGGCAGGCCCACCCAAGUCGUGGCGUUGUUUGAGAAGAUGGAAAAUGAUUACGGGUUUACUAGGAGCAAGGAUUCUCUUAAACUGAUUGUUUCAAGACUUUGUGACCAUGGAUAUGCCGGUUAUGCUGAGAAGAUGGUGAAGGGUUUGGCUAACGAGUUCUUCCCAGAUGAGUACAUCUGUGAUUCUUUGAUUAAGGGAUGGUGCGUGGAUAGGAAGUUAAAUGAGGCAAAAAGAUUGGCUGAUGAGAUGUACAGAGGUGGUUUCGAACUGAGCACGCAUGCAUAUAACUCGAUUCUAGACUGCGUUUGUCGGCUUUGCAGGGACAAGGAUCCCUUUAGGCUUCAAGACGAGGCCCAAAAAGUGCUGAUUGAGAUGGAAAGGAACGGGGUUCCUCGUGACGUGGAGACAUUCAAUGUGCUGAUCACUAACCUGUGCAAGAUCAGGCAAACUGAGGAAGCCAUGAAGCUUUUCUCCAGGAUGGGUGAAUGGAAUUGCUACCCGGAUGAAACUACAUUUCUUGUUUUAAUAAAAAGUUUGUAUCAGGCUGCACGUGUUGAUGAGGGGGACGAGAUGAUUGAUAAAAUGAAAUCCGCUGGAUAUGGGGACGCAUUAAAUAAAAAGGCUUAUUAUGAGUUUUUGAAGAUUUUGUGUGGGAUUGAAAGGGUUGAUCAUGCAUUGAGUGUUUUUGCAAAGAUGAAAAAGGACAGAUGUGAGCCGGGCAUGAAGACCUAUGACCUGUUGAUGGGGAAGCUGUGUGCUCAUGGGCGACUUGACAGGGCAAAUAUGCUGUACAAGCAGGCUGAAAAAAAAGGAUUACCCGUGGAGCCUAAGGCAUAUAAGGUGGACCCCAGAUUUGCAAAGAAGAAGCCCGUGGCUGUGAAGAAGGAGAAAAAGAGGGAGACACUUCCCGAGAAGAUGGCCAGGAAGAGAAGAAGUCUUAAAAAGCUGAGGUUGAGUUUUGUUAAGAAGCCGAAGAAGGGAAUGCGCCGUGCUUACUGA